AUGGUCGACGGUCGAGAUCAUCCUGUGGCUACGAAUAAUAGAGAUAAGGGCGAGGCGUCUGUUGACGUGUUCCAGGUCCACGUGUACGCGUCCCAUUCGUCCACGCUCUUCGCGCUCCGGUCGCACAUCGCCGCACUGGACGAGCAUUCGGCGCCGCCCAUCGCGGCGGAAUUCUUGGAAGAACUGCGACGCGUGAAAAAGCAUCUGAACCGCAACUCGUCAUCCUCCCCAUCCUCCCCUUCCUCCUCUUCCCCUACCUCCUCUCCUUCCUCCUCUUCCCCAUCUCCCUCCUCCCUCUCGUCCUCUGAAGAUCAGACCGCCGCUCCUUCCCUUCCUCCUCCCCUCGCUGCGCUCCUCCCCAAGGCCCUCUCCGCUAAAAGCUCAUCCGUUAAAGGCACAUUCGCGCAAGCCUUCAACGCCGUGGGUUACGUGCGCAACGCCCUCAUUUCCUCGCACCUUCCUUUCGAGCCCGGGCGAGCUGACUCGAGGAAGAAUUCGUUUACGACGCGAUUCGCUACAGUCACAUUCACUAAGGAGGAAACGGCCGCCCUUCUGGCCGCAGCGGAGUCGCACAGAUGCUCCCUGUUCUCCCUGGAGUGCGCAGCAGGGCUCAAAGCUGCCGCCCGGAUGAAGCAACUGGGCGGCAGAACUGAAGUUUUCAGCCUGGGAAGUGCCAUUGGUUGCCGCACCAUUCUCGACCCGCCCCUUCCCCAAACCGCCUUGGGCGAGUACAUGUCAAUGCUGCCUCUCAAGCAGGAGGUUUCCGAGAAGCUGCCCUUCUGGGACGUUGCCACGUCAAUCAGCGCCCAUGCUGAGUCAGCACUGCAGCGGCAGCAGCAGUUUACAGACAUGCCAGUUCUCGAGCUGCUCUUCUCCACGGUACGUGGGGAUUCACGGGUUACAACAGGGAGAAUCCACAUGUUCAUAGUAAUAGUGCUAUGA